AAAUUAGUGAAGCCCAAUCGCAAAUCCAAUCAUACUCUCGGCAACGCCGGUAGAAAGGCGAACACCGGCGAGAUCGAUUUGCACGGUGAAGACGAAUGUGGCGGCGAAGUAACUUACCGGGAAACCCAGAUUCUGAUCAGAGCAUAUCGGAGGAAGAGGAAGAGCACGACAAUGUUAGUUUGGGAGAAAAUGAUAUGUGGCCAAGUGAGAAUGCGAAGAAAGAGGGAGGAUUAGUACUUCAAACAAAGCUCGAAAAACUCAUAGGUUGUGGUGGUGAACUAAAUUACGCUAGGGAAGCAACUCUGAGGAAGAUAUCUUCCUCUCUUGGGGAUGACGUAGAAGUUCCUGAUUCCCCCGAGGAGAGUUAUGUUGCUUCUUCAACAAGAGCCGGAUCAAUAACAUGCAUAUCCGCUCAGCAAAGUGGGUCAGAUGAUGAGAUUCCACAUGAUGAACAAGUGGCAACUUGGUCUACGAUAAGUAAAGAAACCAAGUCACUAAUCCAUUUGAAUGGUAUUGCUUCAGACUCAUCAUCCCAUGCAUCUGGCUUCAGAGCCAAGAGAGUUGUCAAAGAUCAUAUGAGGCCGAAAUUUUCAUUCCACUCACAUACUCAUGGAGAAACGUUAUCUAAGAUAAGUGACAUGGCCGAAAACUUUGACCCUGCUGCUGAGCAGGCGAUAGAGGAGGAGGAGGAGGAAGAUCCAAUCGCUGAAUGCGCCAACGAUUCUGUUGCUGAGUCGAUGGAGGUUCUAAACGGGUACACUGAGGAUGCGGUAGCCAAGCUUUUAGUCCUUCCUUCAGACAAGCUUAGAGUGAUGAAAAGAAGCUCUAAACCGUACAGCAGGCGCUUGGGAAAAAGUUUGAAAUUUGCUCAUAAGGGAAGUUCAUCGAACUUCCAAGAUUGUGAUACUGAUGAUGAACUUCCUGGACCCAUGGAUUGUGAAUCAUCAUCACACGAUGAUGAGCCUAGUUAUCAAAGCCCAGUGCCAAACGAUUCCAACCAGAAGAAACAAUUUGUUGGAGACCGGUUUGAUGAAGCAAUAAAAGCUUCCUCUUUGAGCAAGGAAGGUCUCUUGUUCGGUUCACCUAAACUAUCUGGCGGCUCUGGCCUGUAUGGGAAGCUACAACAGAUCAUGAAACAAGAAAAAGAGACGGAAAUAGAAAUCACGAAGAAAUUGCAGGGUGGAGUCGGACAAGCAGAUGCGUCGAGCUAUGUGGAUGUAAAUAUCAUGACAAGACACUUGGAGGGAAAGCUGGUUGUCUGCAAAUGCUCUGUCAUCGACCUUUCUGGGGACUCCCUCUUGCUUAAGAGCACACAAGCUCUUGCGGCCAAAGAAACAGAAACAACAAUCAUCUUCAAUCCUAAAGUUUGCGCGGAUGUUGAUAUCGAAAUCGGGAGCUUUGUCCGUCUAUAUGCGCCAUGGAACGAAAUGGAAAUGAAGAACACCAAUGAGGUGAUUAUUUUGUGUUCAUAUUUCUCAAGUCUGUAAUGUAUAACUCACACAAAUGUCACUAAAACCCAAAAAAGAAGCAAUAUGUAAAAACUUUCAAAUGAUUUGAUCACAUCAUAUAAAAUCGAUAUUUAAAGCUCUGAUUAGCGGGUUCGUGGAAAAUGAAAUGAAUAAUCAACUUAACUGAAAAAUUGCAGAAUAU